AUGUUAUUCUACUCGUUCUUUAAAACGUUGGUGGGAAAACAAAUCACGGUGGAGUUAAAAAACGACCUGGAAAUCCGAGGGACGUUAGUCUCCGUCGAUCAGUACUUGAACAUUAAAUUGGAAUCCGUUUCGGUUUUAGACGAGGAGAAAUAUCCACACAUGAAAUCAGUGCGAGAUUGCUUCGUCCGAGGAAGCGUGGUGAGGUACGUGCAACCACCGGAGGAAAGCGUGGACGUGGAUAUUUUACACGACGCGACGAGGAGGGAAGCAAGGUCGGCGGUGUAA